CAUGGAGACGCGGCUCGCGGCCUUUGCUCUGCUGCUGAGCUUGGCCGGGAGGGCGCGAACAGUUUACAGAACACCCCAGGUGGACUUUGAAGAGAAAUAUUUUGAGCAGUGGCUGGAUCACUUCAAUUUUGAAACAUAUGGCAACAGAACCUUUGCGCAGAGAUACCUCAUCACAGAUAAAUUCUGGGAAAGGGGAGUGGGCCCCAUCUUUUUCUACACGGGCAAUGAAGGAGACAUCUGGGACUUUGCUCAGAAUAGUGGCUUCAUCCUGGAGCUGGCCGAGCAGCAAAAUGCCUUGGUGGUCUUUGCAGAGCACAGAUAUUAUGGGAAGUCACUUCCAUUUGGGGCGGCAUCUCUACAGCAGGAACAUAUUGGUCUGUUGAGCAUGGAGCAAGCCCUUGCCGACUAUGCAGUGCUCAUUAUGGAUCUGAAGAAGCAGUGUGGACCAAGGGACUCUCCUGUCAUUGCUUUUGGAGGAAGUUACGGAGGGAUGCUCAGUGCGUACAUGAGAAUGAAAUAUCCUCACGUAGUGGCCGGGGCGCUUGCGGCCAGUGCCCCUGUGCUGUCUGUGGCCGGACUUGGAGACUCCAACCAGUUCUUCAAGGAUGUCACAGCGGAUUUUCAGAACUACAGUCCGUAUUGCGUCAAGGCUGUGCAAGAAGCGUUCUUGCAGAUCAAAGACUCCUAUCUAGCUGGAGCAUAUGAUAGAAUCAGCAGUAAGAUGUCCAUUUGUGAGAAGCUUUCUUCAAAGGAAGAUGUCUACCAGCUGUUUGAAUUUGCCCGGAAUGCCUUCACCAUGAUGGCUAUGAUGGACUACCCUUACAAGACUGACUUCAUGGGCCACUUGCCAGCAAAUCCAGUCCAGGUUGGCUGUGAACUGAUUCUGGCAAACCAGGACCGGAUGAGAGGGUUGGCAGCUCUUAUUGGAGUGUUCUACAACUCAACCAGGCAGGUGCCCUGCUUUGACAUUUACAAGCUGUACCAGAAAUGUGCAGAUCCAACUGGCUGCGGCACAGGCUCAGAUGCCAAAGCGUGGGACUAUCAGGCCUGCACAGAGAUCAACUUGACAUUUGACAGCAACAACAUGACGGACAUGUUCCCAGAGAUUCCCUUCACUGAUGCUGCCAGAGAACAGUACUGCUUCAGCAUGUGGGGUGUGCGCCCCCGGCCGUUGUGGCUACAGACCCAUUUUUGGGGCAGUGAUCUGGCUGCUGCAAGCAACAUUAUCUUCUCAAAUGGAGACUUGGAUCCCUGGGCAGGUGGUGGGAUUAGAAAGAACCUGAGCGCCUCGCUGAUCGCCAUAACCGUUAAGGGAGGUGCUCAUCACCUGGAUCUCCGGGCAUCCAACCCAGCUGACCCACCAUCUGCCAGAGAGGCUCGCAGUCAGGAAGCAAGCAUCAUCCGUGAGUGGGUGAGACUGGCAAAGGAAAGAACCAGUCUCCAACCGCUCUUUAUCUGGAGUAAUCAAGGCAAUAUUCAGGGGCUAUAA